AUGAUGUUGCAGACUGUGGACACGACUGAAGUUUGGCAGGACGCUCUCCUGGUCAAUUUGUCCGUCGACUUUGAAGAUGUUGCACAGCUAGGAGUGAUGGCCUUCAAAUUCAAAAACAUGGGAGGCUAUAAACAGGUACGCCAAAAUCCGAAAAUCACUUCCGAAGACGAGGAAUUCUCCAGUGAUGGGGACGAGGAAAGCGAUGAGAUGGAUCUCAAUAUUUGCAUCGGAAUGGGACCCAAAAUCAUGUUUCAUGAUGUUGCUACACGUUUCGAGGUCAAUGCCACGUAUUUUGAGCUCACCUAUAACGGUGAGAAGCAUCGCUUCAUCCACGGCAACGUGAAUCCUCCACAGCGGCGUGGAGGGCGUCAGCAGCUGACUCGCCAAUUUACCACCAGGCGCGGAUUGGGACGUGUACCAGCACGGUCAUGUGCUCAUAUGCUCAUCCCGGGAGUAAUGUUACAGAAACAAACACCACUUGGCGUCUGGCGCGAUGUGGACAAUGGAUGUUUACAU